GCCUCCGCCGGAGCGCGGGUGGAGGGGGGCGGGGAGAGCUGCCGGCCGCCCCGCUCCGCCGAACCCAGCAGGAAGGAGGGCGCGAGCGGGCGAGCGCGGGCAGCGCGGAAGGAAAAAGCGCCCGCGCGGGAGAGAAAAAAGAAGGAAAGAAAGAAAGAAAACGAGCGCGAGAGAGGGAAAAGCGAGCGAUCGAGCGAGCGCGCGCGCGCGAAAACUCCCGGCAGCACUUUCAUUUGGAUCCUUGGAUGCCCAUUGAACAGAUACUUGAAACCUGCAAGUAAUCUUCAGAUCGUAGCAGAACCAUAGUCCUUUCCUUUGUACUGGGAGGAGAUAGCCCAUAUGCUGUGGAUAUGAACGGGGAGCAGCAGCUUGAUGCAGAUACUGGCUCUGGUGUAGAAGAAGUGGAGUUAAGCUGGGAAGAUUACCUAGAAGAGACAGGAUCCACAGCAGUUCCCUAUGGGUCUUUUAAACAUGUGGACAUACGUUUGCAAAAUGGAUUUGCUCCUGGGAUGAAGCUGGAAGUGGCUGUGAGAACAGAUCCUGAAACCUACUGGGUUGCCACCAUUAUUACCACCUGUGAGCAGUUACUCCUUCUCCGCUAUGAUGGCUAUGGGGAUGACCGGAGAGCAGAUUUCUGGUGUGACAUCAGGAAGGCUGAUCUCUACCCCAUUGGAUGGUGUGAACAGAAUAAGAAGACCCUCGAAGCUCCAGAAGGCAUCAAAGAUAAAGUGUCUGACUGGGAUGAGUUUCUGCGGCAGACUUUGAUGGGAGCAUGUAGUCCUCCUGUUCCACUGCUAGAGGGCCUCCGUAAUGGGAGGAAUCCUUUAGAUCUCAUUGCUCCAGGAUCCAGGCUAGAGUGUCAAGCUUUCCGGGACUCUUUAAGCACUUGGAUUGUUACUGUAGUAGAAAACAUUGGCGGAAGGCUAAAGCUGCAUUAUGAAGGACUUGAAAGUUCUGACAAUUUUGAACAUUGGUUGUAUUACUUGGAUCCAUUUCUUCAUCAUGUUGGUUGGGCCGCUCAACAGGGAUAUGAGCUUCAGCCCCCAUUAGCCAUUAGACAUCUGAAAAAUGAAGCUGAGUGGCAAGAGAUUUUGGCCAAAGUGAAAGAGGAGGAAGAAGAGCCAUUACCAUCUUACUUAUUUAAGGACAAACAAGUUAUUGGCAAUCAUACGUUUGCUGUAAAUAUGAAAUUGGAAGCAGUGGACCCCUGGUCUCCUUUUGGGAUCUCUCCUGCUACAGUUGUUAAGGUGUUUGAUGAGAAGUACUUUCUGGUGGAAAUGGACGAUUUGCGGCCUGAGGACCACGUGCGGCGAUCCUUUGUAUGCCAUGCCGACAGUCCUGGCAUCUUCCCUGUGCAGUGGAGUCUGAAGAAUGGCCUACAUAUCAGCCCCCCUCCGGGCUACCCAAGCCAGGACUUUGACUGGGCUGACUACCUCAAACAGUGUGGUGCUGAAGCUGCUCCCCAGAGGUGCUUUCCUUCGUCAAUUUCUGAGCAUGAAUUUAAGGAAAACAUGAAGCUUGAAGCAGUGAACCCUCUUCUCCCUGAAGAAGUGUGUGUUGCCACCAUCACUGCAGUGAGAGGCUCCUAUCUGUGGCUCCAGCUGGAGGGUUCUAAGAAGCCUAUACCUGAAUGCAUUGUGAGUGUGGAAUCCAUGGAUAUAUUUCCUUUGGGCUGGUGUGAAACCAAUGGCCACCCACUCAGCACUCCUCGUCGAGCACGAGCUACAGUACCAUCAUCAAGGACUGUCCAUGAGGGCCUGAAGAAUCAGGAGCUAAACUCCACAGACUCAGUUGUGAUUAAUGGAAAAUAUUGCUGUCCAAAGAUAUACUUCAACCACCGUUGCUUCUCAGGGCCAUAUCUUAAUAAAGGAAGAAUUGCUGAGCUGCCUCAAUGUGUAGGACCUGGGAACUGUGUUCUGGUCCUUAGAGAGGUCCUCACUUUACUUAUCAAUGCAGCUUAUAAACCCAGUCGUGUCCUUCGGGAGCUCCAGUUGGACAAAGACUCUGUGUGGCAUGGAUGUGGGGAAGUCCUAAAAGCCAAAUAUAAAGGAAAGAGUUAUCGGGCUACUGUUGAGAUAGUGAAAACAGCAGAUCGAGUGACUGAAUUCUGCCGGCAAACCUGUAUCAAACUGGAAUGCUGUCCUAACCUCUUCGGUCCACGGAUGGUUCUGGAUAAGUGUUCUGAGAACUGUUCUGUACUUACAAAGACCAAAUACACACACUAUUAUGGAAAGAAGAAAAAUAAAAGAAUUGGGAGGCCACCUGGUGGGCAUAGUAACUUAGCUUGUUCCCUGAAAAAAGCCAGUAAGAGGAGAAAGAGGCGGAAAAAUGUUUUUGUUCAUAAGAAGAAACGCUCCUCUGCAUCUGUUGAUAAUACCCCAGCAGGCUCUCCCCAGGGAAGUGGGGGUGAAGAUGAGGAUGACCCAGAUGAAGGGGAUGAUGAUUCCCUUAGUGAAGGCAGUACCUCUGAGCAACAGGAUGAGCUACAAGAAGAGUCAGAAAUGUCAGAAAAAAAGUCAUGCUCCUCUUCUCCCACCCAAAGUGAGAUCUCCACAUCGCUGCCUCCAGACAGACAAAAGAGAAAAAGAGAGCUUCGCACUUUUUCGUUUUCUGAUGAUGAAAAUAAACCUCCUUCACCAAAGGAAAUAAGGAUUGAAGUUGCUGAGAGGCUUCACCUGGACAGUAACCCCCUGAAGUGGAGUGUGGCAGAUGUUGUGCGGUUCAUCAGAUCCACUGACUGUGCUCCAUUAGCAAGAAUAUUCCUAGACCAGGAAAUUGACGGGCAGGCCCUGUUGCUCCUUACCCUUCCCACUGUUCAAGAGUGCAUGGACUUAAAAUUGGGUCCCGCCAUCAAACUUUGCCAUCACAUAGAGAGGAUCAAGUUUGCUUUUUAUGAGCAGUUUGCCAACUGAGAAGGACAACCAAAGUGAACUGGAUCUUUGAAGCACAAAUACAGUGGAUCUUUCUGCUGGCUGUACAAGUGGAGCUGGAAUAGUCCUGGGGCUCUGGGCCCUGCAGGUGUCUGCUUGUUCUCUUUGCACUUUCAGGGAAGGAGGACCCAUACUGAGGAAGCAAAACUUGUGCACAGAAAUGGCUCUUCUGCCAGUGGAAAUGUGGACAUCUCUUGUGCAGCAGAUUGCAGUUUUUAAAAAAUAAAGGUUGUAAGGAAAAGACUUACAUAAGAAGAAUAAGCAUUUCCAAUGUUGUGGCCCAAAAACAAAGAAUAAUCUAGGCUGCUGGAAAUAACCCUUUUGGUUGUUUUGUUUUCAUUCUGUUCCUUCCCAUUGUAGAUUGAACUUUGUUCUCUGCUUUCUCUUUCUUGGAAAGAGAGGACAUAGCUUUAAAGUCAGCACUGAUUUGGGACUGUUCCUAAGGCACAUCAGUGCUUCUUUGUCAUUGUGUUUUUAAGCUUUUUAAAAUUAAAACAGUUCUUUUGGGGAUGAU